AUGCCUGCCUCGACGAUCUUGUUCCUAGACGUCAAUGGCCGGAUCAUAUUGCAGCGGGAUUACAGGGGGGAUGUCCGGGCCCAGGCCGCGGAGAAAUUCAUAGCGAGGCUGGCCGAGCUAGAGGAUGCCGGUGCCGCGACGCCCGUGAUCGAGGCCGCGGGGCUGACCUUCGUCUACGUCCACCAUAGCAACCUGUACAUUGUUGCGGCGACGCGGUGCAACGCCAACGCGAUGGAGCUGCUGUCGUUCAUCCACAGCAUGGUCGCGGUGUUCAAGUACUACUUCGGGUCGCUGGAGGAGGAGUCCCUGCGCGACAACUUCGUGAUGGUCUACGAGCUCCUCGACGAGAUGAUGGACUUUGGGCACCCGCAGUUCACCGAGGCGCAGAUCCUGCACGAAUUCAUCAAGACGGACGCGUUCCGGCUCACGGAGAAGCCCACGCGGCCGCCGAUGGCCGUCACGAACGCCGUGUCGUGGCGCUCCGAGGGCAUCCGGUAUAAAAAGAACGAGGUCUUCCUGGACGUGGUGGAAAAAAUACACAUGCUGGUCGGCGCGAAGGGCAACGUCGUGCGCUCGGAGGUCGUCGGGGCGCUGCGGAUGCGCACGCAGCUGUCCGGGAUGCCGCACUGCAAGCUCGGCCUGAACGACCGGCUCAUGCUGGAGGCACAGGGCAAGUCGCAGGGCCGGAAGACGGUCGAGCUCGAGGACAUCAAGUUCCACCAGUGCGUCGCGCUCGCGCAGUACGAGCGCGACAAGACCGUCGCGUUCGUGCCGCCCGACGGCGCCUUCGACCUCAUGACCUACCGCCUGCACAACCCGGGCGUCAAGCCGUUGAUAUGGCUUGAGUGCAACGUCGAGCGCUUCGGGCGCUCCCGCAUCGAGUACGUCGCGAAGCUGCGCACGCAGUUCAAGGAGCGGCUGCAGGCGCACAACGUCGAGGUGUCGCUCCCGCUGCCGCCAGACUGCAGCGCGCCGACCGUGCGGGCCUCCCUCGGGCAGGCCGACUACGCCCCGGGCGCGGAGGCGCUGGUCUGGACCAUCAAGGCCGUGCCGGGCGGCCGCGAGGCGAUGCUGCGGUGCAAGUUCGGGCUGCCGAGCGUGCGGGGCGAGGACGAGAGCGCGGUGCGGCGGCCGGCGCGCGUGAAGUUCGAAAUUCCGUACUACACGGUGUCGGGGAUCCAGGUGCGGUACCUGAAGGUGGUGGAGGCCAGUGGGUACCAGGCGCUGCCGUGGGUGCGGUACGUGACGGCCGCGGGGGACUACGAGUGCCGCAUGACGGAAACGACGCCCUCGCGGACGUGA